CAGUUCUAAUGUGUAGCGCUGGCUGAAAGCUCGGACUCAGGCACAAUGCACUGGGAUGGUGCCUAUACACCAAUAUAUGUGAGAAGUAAAGUGCUGGGUAAUAAAGCAAUGGUAUUUACCUCUCCUUUGUACCUUAUUUAUCUGUUGGAUCAGAAUGUUGGAAUAGGGUUGGAAGGACUAACAGAAAGCAUUAUGUAAAGGCCCAGAAUAAAAGAGAACCCAAGUCUCGGCUAUUCCAUUUAAAGACAUUUUUUUUCAAGCCGUUGGUUGAAGGUGCCUGGUAUUUUAUCGAGGGAAUAAUAGUAGCCAGGCAGCUCAAGGCAGGCAUUUAUACGUCAUCUAUUAGAGCAGCCAUAACACACUACAUGUUUGGGCCUGUGGCCUUGAUAAACCUACUUAUCAUUCUCCAACUACAAAAAUUAUAUUAUAUAACCAAGGACGAGGAGUUUCCGACCAAAGAGAAGGGAGAGCAGCUCAGCCAAGGGGGCUGCCAUUAUUAAUAUUUGUUAUGAUUGUAGACAAGAGGGCACUUUUACAUGGUAUAACUUGGAGGCCAAUCGGCUGCCUUCCCUCCCAAUCCACUGCUACUGGGCUCUAAAUAUAAGGGCUUGGGAAUUACAGUAUGAGAGUUCAGGAGAAUUCCUCAGCUUGCACAAUACAAUAUGGUCUGCUCCAUUUGUGCCAUCCUUAUCUCCUGUCUUUUUGGCCAAGCAUUGAGUAAGUAUCAGGCCACCUUGUCACCCAAUAAUAGUACUGGAAAAAGUGAUCCCUUCGGCCAGGGCGAUGUCUUCAGCAGGAUCUUAAAAGCCAACCAAGGAAAUGGAGUCCCACGGGUUCAAGAAGACAUUGCUGUUGGGGUCUCACGUAGUGCCAUCACCUCCACAGAAUGCUUAUGGCAGAAAACAAAUGAGACAGUGUAUGUGCCGUACACACUGGAUAGUAAAUACAGUAACAGUGAAGUUAACACAAUGACGUCGGCCAUGGAAGUGUACGCCACCCUGACCUGCGUGCAGUUUGUCCCUUACACUGAUGAAGAUGAUUAUGUCAAUAUAACAUCUGGCGAUGGCUGUUGGUCCUACAUGGGGCGUCAAGGAGGUGCCCAAGUGGUGUCCGUAGAGAAAGGUUACUGUACUUCCGAGGGGACAACCAUGCACGAACUCAACCAUGCCCUGGGCUUUGUACAUGAGCACUCCAGGAGCGACCGGGAUAACUAUGUUAAUAUAAUGUAUCAGUACAUCUCACCAGGUGACAUCGUCAACUUUGAGAUAAUGAAUACCAACAACCUCAACACAAUAUAUGACUACCGCUCUAUCAUGCAUUACCCAGCGUGGGCUUUCAGCAACACAACUGGAAAAAACACUAUAGUGGCCAAGCUUAACCCCAAUAUAAUAAUUGGAGCGGGAAGCACAAUGACCAGCUUGGAUAUUAUAAAGAUAAACCGGCUCUAUGAGUGUGAUGUCUGUAGUUCUCUCCUUACUGAUGCCAAGGGAACUGUCACCUCAGCCAAUUAUCCAUCUCCUUACCCAAAUAAUGCCAAGUGUGUGUGGGUCAUCCAGGCACCGUCCGAUUUGGUAACCCUGACGUUCGCUGCCUUUAAUCUCCAAUCUGCCCCAAACUGUGCCUCUGACUACAUUAGAGUUUAUGAUGGGCGCACCAGAACUUCCCCGCUUCUACUGGAACCUGGGUAACGCGUUCCUGCACUGAUCGCCUCAUCAAGUAUGAUGUUAGUGGAGUUUGUCGGUAGUAAAAACCUUAAAGCGACUGGUUUCAGUGCCUCGUACAGUACAGUGAAAUGUGGAGGCACUUAUUACACCCCAUCAAGGAACAUCACUUCUCCUGGAUACCCCAAGAAUUACCCCCCUAAUAGCAACUGUUCCUAUAUCAUCACUGCUCCGGCUUCCCAUAAGGUCUCACUGAGCAAGAUCAGUUUCUAUACACAAAAUAGCCACACAUGUAGCAAUGAUUACCUGUCUGUGUAUGAUGGGACUUCCACUAACGCACCCCUCCUGAAAACAUUCUGUGGACCCCUGUUCACCCUUUCGGCCACCUCCACUGGUCAGAACAUGUUCCUCAGGUUCAUCAGUGAUCAAACAGAGCAAGCGCCCGGCUUUGUGCUGACAUACAGUUUUGUGAUAGCAAUGGUGGAAGGGGAAUGAUGACGAAUGAUGAUGUUCUUCCUGGAUAAAACAGAGAGAAGAUCAGAAACAAAUAUUUCACAGCGCAACUGAACGCAAAGUUUGUAAAAGAAUCUCCGAUGGAAUAAAUAUGUCCCUACAGUGGGAGCAGCCGUGCAGCACAGAUCCCAUAGGGUAAGGGAUCAUUCAUUUCUCCCUGACGUUCCAGAUCCGACUAAUGAAGCAGAAUUUCCAGUCCCGCUGGGAUUCGCUAAGGAGCCCGGAGUAUGAGGGUGGAAGCCAAGAGCAAGGAGCAAGAGCCCAAUUCACUGAAAGCCGCUGUACAGACGAGACAUAAGCUUCCCUUGCCUAUCUGUGCCCGGCUGGCUUGGCAUUCCAGGAAUCUGGCAUCUCCCAUUGGAACCGACAGGCUACCUGAGCAGAUGAGUAUAUACAAGCGCACUGAGCUGGUUCACCCUCUGGCCCCUGAGAAUGAAUAUGUGGAGAAGUUCAGCCAAAGCCUCAACCACAUCCCAAAGCUGCGCUACUCCCUGGGGUACGACCACCAGAAGAGAGAACUGUGUGUGUCUCUCCUAGAAGCUGUUGGUUGCCCACUUACCAAGGAGGAGGAGCCUGGGAGUCACCGCUACAUUGGGGGCACUCUCACCAGCAAUGGUGGGCAAACAGAAGCCCAGACCUCGCUGAUGAAUAGGACCCCACAUACAGUUUGGGACGAGGCUCUGCUGUUCCCCUUAUCAGAGGAGGAACGAGUAGAGGCUGAGCUAACACUCACCUUGAGGCACUGUGACCGCUACUCCAGGCACCAGGUAGCCGGGGAAAUCACCCUGAGUCUGGCUAAUCUAGGGGUUCCCUUUGGAGCAGCUCGGUGGGUGGGACUUUAGGCCUCCUGAGAAGUGAGCUGCGGCGGAACUCUGACCGUGCCGGUGGGAAUUUCUCCAGCCCCGGAUACACAGAAGCCGUACCCUCCUUUCAGUGACUGUACCUGGACUAUGAUUGCCCCGGUGGGGUACAAGUGAUAGCAAUGGUGGAAGGGGAAUGUUGACGAAUGAUGGUGUUCUUCCUGGAUAAAACAGAGAGAAGAUCAGAAACAAAUAUUUCACAGCGCAACUGAACGCAAAGUUUGUAAAAGAAUGGGUUUUUCCAUCAGCACGGCGCCCCCACCAGCGACACCAAAGUAAAGUACAACAGCCGCAGCGCCCAGAUGUACCGGGAGAAGAUCAGACAGCUGGCGAAUGCUGCCAUGUCUAAGCCUGGCACUGAUCUCUGGAUCGAUGGGAUGAACUGCGCUCUCGUUCAGCCGGCAGAGAAGAAAGAAUCGGACUUUUUUGCAGAGAUGACCCAGCCUUCCAGCUCCUGGGAGGCAACCCCAGCAUCAGAACCCGCAUCUACCCUGUAACCCCUGUAACAAGAACUAUACGCUCCCCGGAACCUGCUGAUUCUGCAAAUGCAGAGAGUGGGCCCAGUGUGGACAAUCUAAGCACAUCCCCAAAAGCUGCCGUGGGUGAGUCCAUUUCCAUUCUGUAGAUUUGCUCACAUGUAGGUUGGAAAGGGUAAAGCUAAUUGCACCAGGAGAAGCGUAUGUAGGACCUUAGCGAGCGUCCUGAAGUCAGGUAUCUGUUAACCCAGGGCUAGUCUAACUGCAACUUUCAGCAGGAUCCAGAACAAUCCCAGCUGCAGAUUGAGGUUUGGCCACUAGAGGGCAGCACAGGAGCUGGGAAUAGAGAAUAUAGGUGGCCAUACGUGGGCAGAUUUCCGCUGCUGAUUCUGGUCUUUUAGACUGAUUCAACAGCUUAUCUGCUGUAUAUGGGGCCCCCCAAUGGGCCUACCCGACUUGUAUCUGGCCUAAAAUUGUCCAGGUCAUGAUCAGGCAGGUUUGAAUUUCCCAUCGGAUCGGGGACUGCAUCAGCUCGUUAAUGCAAUCCUCAGUCUGACGGCCCAAAUACCUGCCAUUUUAAUUCAACCAUUGGGAUAAUAUACUGUAGGUGGGAAUAUCGGGAGACCUCGCCAAACAAGGACCUCGGUCCCAUGGUGCCUAUGCCCGCUGUUGUAAUUCGGUCAUUCAGCCCGGUAUCUCUCUCCUUAGGUGGGCAUCUCAGGAAGAUCCUCUCGUUUGGCAACCUCAACAAACGGCAGAUCUUACCGUGAAUGGCCACCUAAAGUCCAGGUAUGUUCUUCUACAGAUCUAAUCUACUUCUUAGUGGGAUCUUCUCCAGCUUUUACCUACUGCCAGAUAUAUUGUUCUCUUUAUUGGUUUGAUUCAAAAUUCUGGGAAUCUGGCCUGAAAUUGGCCAGAUAUCGAUUGGGCAGGUUAAAAAAAUUUAGUUGGAUCGGGGACCACAUCGGCU